AUGAGCAACUCGACGCCAGGAACUGAUGCAAACGUGCCUGAACUGGAAAGCGAGCCACGAAAUGAGCCCCGAGUUGACAUCCAGACCGAGCCCCUGGAAGCGCCUGAAGACGAAGAUCUGGCCGAUGAAUACUCCGAGUCCGGCGUUUCUGAAGAUCUCUUCUCAGAUGAGUCACAAUCAAGUCGCACGUCGGCAAUAUCCACAGAUAUGACUGCGGCUGGGACUGCAGAGGUGGUGCAGUUACUACUCGACGACUACCUGAUAGAUUCAUGUGCGAAAGAGGCUUUACGUGGGACGGCUAUACCCAGGGAAAAGUUCCAGAAUAAGCUGCGCCGAAUUCUCAAACAGUGGUCCCAGGAGCUGAAACUGGAGUCUGAACCCGAACCGUACGAGAAGCAUGUUGCACCACUCUUUAUCAGACGCCUUUCAAAUAAUGUAUCUUACCAGCUUUGCGCCUCCAUUACCGGCGAGGACGGUGGAAAUUUGCAAUUAAGCACGGUGCCGGAUGAAACAGACCAUCGGGCCAAGGUAGAGAAAUAUCUGCAGCAGGGACGCGAGCGUUACCAGAAAAGUAAACGCCCAUCUCGAGAUCCCAAUGGAGGCCCUGAUGACGACUCACAAUCAGAUACCGAUAGUGAAGAUGAUGAGCUUGGGAUAGACUUCGAGUUCCCGAACCUGGAACGGCUUCGACAGGUUCUCGUCGAGAGCCAGUCCUAUCAAACCCUCCGAGAGAACAUAUUUUACCUUAUAUAUCCAAAUCUGCAUCAGAGGUUGAAGAAACGAAUGGUCCGUCUUUCUCAAUCGAACCGUCUGUCUCCGGGAGAAGGUCAUCAAUACCACACAAUCAUCAGUGAGACGCAGUACGCUUCUCCGUACACCAUGUAUCUCAGCCAUCAGGAAAGGAAGGGUUGGGUAAAUGCUUGCCAGGGGCUGAUAGAGAAAUGGACCAAGAUGAAGUGGGAUUGGUGGCCACUGAGACCGUAUAGGAGGACUCUGGCUCCCGACGAACGAAGGCUGGACUGGAUAUGCUGUGGACAGCAACGAUGGAUAGAGCUGACUACGGCCGUGGCAGACAAGGUUCAACAAUGCCUUGACAAGUAUCUUGCUGACGAUAUGAGCACACAGGACCUUAGGCAACUGCUAGCACAAGACAGAACGCGAAAUCCGUCCGAGUACCGUCCGAGCCACGGUUAUAGCAAUCCUCCGACUCGGCCAUUGGGCACAAAUCUACAAUCGAACGCGCCGAAGCCUGGUUCUAUCGGACCACCUCCCCCUGCUGCCCCAUCCCAGUCGAGCGGAGUAUCUGUCCGAGUACCGCACCAACUGAACACCAACGUACAGGGCACUGUGAAGCAGGAGAGAUACGUAAUAUUUCUAGUAAAGCGAGCAGACAGAUAUCUCAUGUCCCAGGUUGACGUUUGCCAACUCUGUGAUAAUACAUUCUUCCAGUCGCUCCGCACAGAGUAUCGUCGGCUGCGCGGGUGGUUGCGGAACUUGUUCAGCGUGUGGCGAUAUUCGCACUGCGAUUUCUACCAGUUCGAGAAAUUCGACGAUUCCGCGUAUGCACCGAAGCUGAAGGAUAAUUACCCACCCUGCAAAGACCACUACGAGUAUAACCCAGAGCCAAUGGAUAUCAUCCCGCCAAUAACCGAGCAUGAAUUCUACUCGAGGUUCUAUGCCUGUUAUACGCCGAGCCAUUCACCGGUCCAUAUGUUUCAUACAUGCAGACAGCAUACAAGCGGCCACAGUGAUGCCCUUGCCCUUCUUCCCAAGAAAAAGACUAAAUUGGAGGAACAUGGGAGCAAGCGGGAGCGGUUCUGGGGAAUUUACGCCCAAGAGAUUGUUUGCUUUCGGUGGGUCGUCGCAUACAAUCUCGGCUGUAUGCUCCCUAUGUUGGUCUUAUUCGUUCUGUGGAUGCUCCCGUUGGGUUAUAGAAAAGACCUCCAAAAUGCCUCUGUACCUGCCACCGUCAUGGUCGGGAUGCUGACUUUGUUUUGGACUGUCUUUCUCGGAACCUUACGGUAUCCGGGGUCGAGGUAA